GGAGGAGGAGGAGGACGAGAUCCACGAGCACGCGACCCGGAGCCCGCCGAGCACCGGCCUUGAUGCAGGCGGCGGGGAGACGAGCAUCGACAUCACGGCGCUGGACGGCAUCGUGAACGUGAACGCCAUCUUAACCCUCGCCAUCUUCGUCGGCCUCGCCUGGAACCCCUCCUCCUCCGGCGCCGGCGACGAAGGACUCUCACCGCCCAUCUGCGUCGCCGGGGCGCAGGUGGAGAAGGACCUCGUCUCCUUCCAUGUCUUCGCCUUCGCCUCCUUCCUCUUCUCCAGCCUCGUGGCCCUCUGCCUCAAGCAAGCCGUCCACCUCGCCGGCCCGCACGGCCGGUCGGCGCGAGUCAACAGGGCGCUCCUGCGCGCCGGGAUCGUCGCCUCCGCCGUCGGCUCCGUGUUCGGGUGCGGGUUCCUGAUGCUGGCCCUCGUCAACGUGGUCCAGAUCAAGCUGGGGACGCUGGGGUGCAGCGGCCCCGCCCUGGGCGCCGUAGUGCCGCUCGUCACCCUCAUCCCCGCCGCCAUGCUCAUCUACUCCGCCAUCGUCUUCUACGCCUUCACUCGCUGAACUCGUCCAAUCCACUCACAAACCAUUUCGAGUACUACGAUUUGGAUCGAUCAGGUUCGUGCAUUCACUCGUUACUCUCUACCAUCCACUUCGUAAAAACCACCAGAAGCUGGCGACGGAAUUAUUAUGUAGGUCAUGAUCUGUUCAUCGCUCUUUCUACUUCUGCUCUUUAUUAUCCGGUGAUUGAAUUAUUACGAUUUGACUGAUCGAUUAGAA